AUGUUCUCGGCAUUGCUUCGCCGGGUGACAACCUAUAAAGAAAAGGUCCCGUUUUUAAACGAACUGCACCUUAAUUUCAUUUUCCUCCACUAUGCCUAUAUCAUGGCCUGGGCUAUCAUUGGCUCCAUCAUUCUUUAUCCCGGUGGCAACAUCAGCUACAUCGAUGCCCUUUUCCAAUCCGCCGGCGCCGCCACCCAGAGUGGGUUGAACUCCGUCGACAUCAAUCGCCUCUGGCUAUAUCAGCAAAUUGUUCUAUAUCUGAUGACGUCUCUGUGCACGCCGAUCUUCAUCCACAGCGCCCUGGUAUUCAUUCGAUUAUAUUGGUUCGAGAAGCGCUUCCAACAUGUGGUCCGAGACGCUCGUGCGAUGCGACGGACCCGAUCCCGCAUGGAAACGGUGACCGAUGAUGGGGACAGCGAUAAUAUCAAUAUCAACCGUGCGGAGCAUGGAGUCAGCGGUCGACCCAUUGUGGUAUUACGGGAUGAUUCAGGGGAUGCCCGAGACGGUCGGUUGACAGAUCCGGGUAACAAGAACAUUAAUUCCGGCAUCCACACACCGGAAGCCCGAGAGAGCAGUGUCGACUCCAGCACCGAGGGAACAGACACGAGCAUCGAACCUCGUUUUGGCCUCGGUAGCUUGAAGGUGCCAACCCAUUUGAACCCUGAACACCACAUCGCCUUCUUGGAGAAGCAGCGGAAGGACAAAGGAGCUCUGCGCAUUCCGAGUCCCCGGGAGUAUGAUCGUGGUGGUGCACCUGAGGCUUUGGAAGAAGACGUGGAAGACGUGGAAGAUGUGGAACAGGAGGGUGAGCAGGCUCAGCACUCCAGUGACCAUUACGACCAGGACGACCAACAAAGCCCCGGUGCACACCCCGAGGAGCUCGAUCAGCUUGGCCCACUUGAAGGACCACACAUCACCAUUAACGAACCAGAUAUUUCACGAAACCGUGCACGCGGGAAUACGUUCCCUCGUCUGGAAACUCGUCCCACUUUCCGGGAGACUAAAGAUGGGAAUGAAACUACCACUCUUGCCGCUACGAACACGAGGAACACCUUCAGGGGGGUGUUCCGAUCUCUGACUCAAGAGCGUGACCUCAACACUCAGCCGUAUCUCAGUUGGAAUGCUACAGUGGCUCGGAACUCCAACUUCGUCGAUUUGACUGAGGAGCAGCGUGAUGAGUUGGGCGGUAUUGAAUACCGUGCACUCAAGACGUUAGCCGUCGUUCUCAUCACCUACUACGUCGGGUUUCAUCUCAUCGGCAUGAUUAGCAUGGUCGGUUGGAUCAUGACAGAGGACAAAUGGGGGGAUAUUGUCCGGGCGGAUGGAGUAGGGCGGCCGUGGUGGGGAAUCUUUACCGCCGCGUCUGCCUUCAACGAUUUGGGUUUCACCUUGACACCAGACUCGAUGUACUCCUUCCAGAGGGCCGUUUUCCCGUUGCUGAUGCUAGCGUUUUUAAUUAUCAUUGGCAAUACCGCCUUCCCCUGCAUGCUUCGUUUGAUGAUCUGGGCUCUUUCGAAAUUCACUCGCCAGGGCACCGCGCUAUGGGAAGAGUUGAAGUUUCUUCUGGAUCAUCCCCGUCGAUGCUUCACCCUAUUGUUCCCUCGUAAUGCCACUUGGUGGCUGUUUGCGAUUCUCAUCGCAUUGAACGGCAUAGAUAUGAUCUUCUUUGUCAUCUUGGAUCUCAACGAUUCUGCUGUCACUGCACUGCCGCCCGGUAUACGAGUCGUGGACGGCUUCUUCCAAGCCGCUGCCACACGAACAGCCGGUUUUGGAAUCAUCAGUCUUUCCGAACUUCACCCCGCCAUCCAGGUUUCCUAUUUGGUCAUGAUGUAUAUCUCCGUCUUUCCUAUUGCUAUCUCCAUGCGUCGAACCAAUGUCUACGAAGAGAAGAGCUUGGGAAUUUAUGAUGCCACAGAUGAGGAUCACGACGAAGAUUCCAACGCCCCCACCUACAUCGGAGCUCACUUGCGACGCCAACUGAGUUUCGAUUUGUGGUAUGUCUUUUUGGGUAUGUUUAUCAUCGCCAUUGCGGAAGGAUCAAAGUUGCAGAACCAGAGCGAUCACUCCUUCCAGCUGUUCACUGUUCUGUUUGAAGUUGUUUCGGCAUACGGUACUGUAGGUCUGUCGUUUGGAUACCCCAAUGUCAACACCUCCUUCUCGGCGCAGUUCAAUGUAGUCUCCAAGUUGGUGAUCAUUGCCAUGCAAGUCCGUGGUCGCCACCGUGGCCUGCCUUACGCGCUUGAUCGCGCUGUCCUUCUCCCCUCCGACGCCCUCAAUCGACAUGAGGCCGAAGAGGGAGAGCGUCGCAUGCGCCGUCGCGCAUCUAACCUCAGUGGUGGCGGGUCUUUCGCCCAAUCGCAAUCGCGUACCUUAUCUCAGGCAAGGAACGAUGCCGGUCUAUCUUCGGGUAUGGAAACGCACGACUGGCAGACCCAACCUUCUCCGAAUGCAGACUCUCUGGUCAUCGUGUCCUAA